GGUGGUAGGGAUAAGGGUUUUUGUUCUCUUCUUCGUUUAGGGUUUAAGGAUAAAAAAUAGGGCCCCUAAUGGGCCUACAUAACCAGAAAAGCCCAUUAAAACACUUCUCGCCUGAGCUCUUUGCUGUUCAGUUUCUUCCACCAAAAUCCCAAAUGGAAAACGGAGAUGAAUCCGACACAAAGAGAUGGGCAUGCAAGAGAUGCGGCCACGUAGGCUUAGAAAAAUCCGACGGUUUCUAUUACUGCCAAGACGAAGAAUGCGGCAAACAAGCCGAUGACCUCCUCGUAACCGGCGUCGCCGACGAAGACUUCAUCGACAAGUGUGGCGGCGGCAUUUACAACAACCGUUAUACUCGCCGCUCUCAACUCACCCAAACCCAAACCCACCAACCCUCCACGCAAGCCUGGCUCCGCUACACCCAAGACCCGGACCAAGAACACGAAAAUAAUAAUAUUUCCGGUCGGGUCAAAAAAGAGGAGCAGUUUGAUUAUGAAUACGGGUUAGGACCCAUGGAGCCGGGUGAUUUUGGUGGGUCGGGUAUGCAUAGGAUUUUCUUGAGCUAUGAGGAUUAUUAUAAUGAGGUUAGGUUUAGAUAUGUGAUGGGUAUGCAGUGGUUAAUUCAGUUACAAUGCGAAGCUUUGGUUGAGAACUUUAAUGUUAGUCCGUUAAUUUGUGGGAUUAGUGGUGUUAUUUGGUUAAGGUUUUUGUCUGGAACUGGUGUUUUUAAGGAUAAUUGGGCUGAUGAAGUUGUCAUUGAUUCUGAGAAUCAAAUACCAGAUGAACUAGUAGACGACAAGCCUCCUUUGAGACAUAGAGAUGAACCUCGAAAUGCAAAUGGUGAGCGCUCAGUGAUGAUAUGGUUUAAGUAUUUGAGGAAGGCAGUUCCGUUAUCUUCUUCUCUGGCUAUUUCAUUCUUGGCUUGUCAUGUUGCUAGGGAAGCAAUCCUAUCGAGAGACAUUGUAAAAUGGUCCCUUGAAGGGAAGCUUCCGUACUUUGCUGCUCAUGUUGAAAUUGAAAAGCGUUUUGAGCGUUCUUCUCCUGCUUGUCCUAUCACUUCAAGUCUCAUGUUUAGGCCUUCUAAAACAGUUCCUGUUCAGAAGCUGGAGCCAAUGGCUGCUGCAAUUGCUGAGUCCAUCGGCUUGCAUUUGCCUCCAGUGAACUUUUAUGGAAUUGCGUCUCGUUAUCUCAAGGUGCUUGUUCUCCAGGAGGAAAAAAUUCUUCCAUAUGCUUGCCGCAUAUAUGAGUGGUCAAUGCCACCAGAUUUAUGGCUAUCGACAAAUGUGUCGAGGCGUCCUACACGUAUCUGUGUAAUGUCGAUAUUGAUUGUAGCUAUAAGAAUUCUCUAUAAUCUUCAUGGUUUUGGGGUAUGGGAAAGGAAUUUGUUUUGUCACGAUUGCUCUCCCUCUGAAUCUUAUUCUGCAGGUGGAUUAAAAUCGAUGUUUGGAUCUGAAAUGAGGGAUGAUGUCGAAACUGUUUCUCCUCUUGAUAAUGUGGAUGUUUCAGGGGAAAAACUCUCAAGUAAACCCUCAAAUGUACAGAUGACUGAGUCGGAUUCUGCAGAGUUGUUGCACCACCUGGCGGCAAAAUAUAGUGUUAAAGAAGACACCUAUGAAUUUACGAAGGACUUACCAUCAUAUCUCCAGUACUGUAAGGAUGUUGUAUUUGCUGGAGCAGGACAAUCUCGUAUGGACGGACAUAAGGAAGAAGAGUUUAUAGAAAAGUUGUGGGUUUUCUAUUCCAAGAAUUCAGAAGAGCCUGGAAUACGAAACAGCAUUAGCCUUUUUAAUCAAAAGAGAUUGAGAUAUGAAGUUGAGAGUAUCAUAAGUGUGUCAGAAAUAAAGAAUACCAAAGAAGAAUGUGACGGGAGACCAUCUGCUGAUAUCAAACAGAGUGUUGACAGUGAAGAUUUUUUGAGUAAGUCACCGUUAAAAACGCUUAAAGACAAAGCCAUUAGACGGUUGAAAUUAGACAUGGAGGAGACUAAGUUCUGUUACAUUCCACCAAGAGAGAACUUGAAGAAAGAUAAUUACCUACAUUAUGUACGGAAGAGAGAUGGCGAUGCCUUGACUUAUGCUGCUCAUGCAGAUUACUAUAUCUUGCUUCGCGCCUGUGCUCAGGUAGCUCAGGUUGAUAUUCGGAUUAUGCAUACCGGUGUGUUGAGAUUGGAGAGGAGACUAGCUUGGCUGGAAAAAAGAAUCGAUCACUGCUUGCAUUUGAGACCUCCUACGACUACUUGUGAAUUUUGCCGAGAUCCGCCAGAUCCAGACGAAAUUUGUUGUACGUUAGAAGGAAUGUCCCUUUGAAAACUAUAGUAGGUAUGCUCUUAACAAUUGUAGUUUUGGGAUAGUACUGACAGUGUAUUUGUGUAUAGGUAAUGAGCCAAUGACUAUUGAUUUUAUUUUAUAAAGGAAAUGAUUCUACUGUA